AUGAACACUUACCAUGAACUCGGCGACUAUGGGGAGUUUGGGAGAUGGAAGGUGAACAAUUUGGCAGUGGAGAGGAGAGAUUUCUUGGAGUCUUCGUUACCUCUGACUCCUGAAUUUAUCCGGAACAUUCGACUUUUAGGCCGCAGGCCCACCACCCAGAUGAUCACUGACAACCUGAUCAGGAAGUAUGGGACUCACUUCCUUUUGUCAGCUACACUGGGAGGAGAGGAGGCCUUAACGAUAUUUGUGGACAAGAGGAAACUGAGUAAGAAAGCAGAGGUGAGCGAUUAUUCCGGAAACUCGUCCAUUGUGACUCUGGAGGCUCUGCACCAGCUGGCUGCCUCCUACUUCAUCGACAGAGAGAGCACUCUGCGCAAGCUGCACCACAUCCAGAUCGCCUCAACUGCCAUCAAGCACUAUUUCAAAGCUGCAGCACGUUCUGUAGGAGAACAGGAAUACACAAGGAGGGAGCGCAAAGGAGAGAGGUCGGGGGAGGGGGGGUAA